CUCACCACAGCAUUCUAUAUCAAAUCCACUUCCGAAUCUCUUUCGAACACAAUGGCAGAAAAUACCGCCAAACAAGGGGUUCUCAAAUCCCUCCGUGACUGGGGAGAAAAUUCCGUCCCUCCAACCCUCCUCGCAACUCUCAUAACGGCCCAGCAUAUGCGGCCCUUCCAGCCCCUCCCCAUGAUGUUCCCUCCCGUCCUCUUGUUCUCAAGUUACUUGAAUUUGAGUGACUACAAGACUGAUGCUGCGGGCAUCACGGCCGCGUGGAGUGGUCUGUAUGCGCUUUUGGCGCUGAGGAGGAGUACUGGACUGAGGAAGAAGUUCACAGUACGAGGAGUCGUACGAGGAGCUUCAUUGGGCCUUUGUGCAGCAAAUGUAGCGGGCUGUGGCUUAGCCUACAUUUUUGGACAAAGAGAAAAAGAGGGAUUGUCAAAAAAGGAAUGAAUGUUAGAUGUCGCCCUACUGUACCAUAUUGUAAUUGUAAAUCUCAAUUUGACUCGACGGGGACGUAUUCGCAUAUAUACUAGGUAUUAGGGGCCGGCUGGGAUGUUCAUGUAUUGUUCCAUUUCCGUAAUCCUAAUGUUGACCUAUGAACCGGCACUACCUUGGUGGAGUAAUGGCUUCAUGGCUUCAUGUAUAU